CUGGUCAUGGCGAUCAGUUGUUCAUCAAGUCGUAUGCAAACCCAUCUCCGUCACCGUGGGCCCGCGAUUCGCUACAUUCCUCGCAAAAAGGGUGGCGUCGAGGCGGCCAUGGAACACCUGGAACAGAUCGACAUUUGCCAUGUUCGCGCACUCGCGGCAACUUCUCGCACCCCUCCUCCGUCGAACCUGCUGAUGGGAGGAGUCUACGCGGCGGACGACGCCGCAUCCAUUCACCACCGCCUUUACACCGUCACAGUGCAAAACACCAAGACCGGACGGAGUUGGGUCGUGCAUCGAAGGUACUCGGACUUUGAUGCUCUUCGGACGCGACUCCUCCAAGUUCUCGAACCGUUCUACUUCAUGCUACACACCGUCGUGGACCACCUGAAGCGCAUGCGAUUCCCCAAGCGAUCUGCUUUCGUUACGCGACGAGUCCGCCGCCACCGAGAAGAAUGUUUCCUCGCCUACCUCCGCGGGGUCCAUGUUCUCUUGACCGAUCCCGACUACGGACUCGACAAAGAUCUUCAGUUGCAGUGUGCGUCUGUCCUCCGCGGUUUUGUCGGAAGCCAAGACGUCUGCGAUCCCUCUCACGUCGACUACUUCUGUCGCGACGUGAUUCCGCAGUACAGACUUCGCAUGGCCGAUCGAAAGUGCAUCGUGCGGUGCGGGGUCUUGGAUACUGUUGUCGAAGAAGCACACGGUCCAGCGAUUCCCUCCAGCGAUGAUAAUAGUUCUUGCAGCUCCAGUGCCUGGGGGCUCACCGAAACUAGUCGAUCCGAGAUGAGCUUUGUAUCCGCCGACGAUUUCGAGCUCCCACGAAACACAGCGCCGCUAAAGGACACAGCCAAGUCGUUUGCGAACUCGUCCAAAGCAUACGCUAUGCUAUUUCCACGCCAGCUUGCGCAAUGCCACACCACCACUUCGCAAGGCUAACUUCGAACGGGAGUGCACUGGUCCCCUACUUCAGGGGGGGCAAGAUCACUUGCGUGAAGCACCAUGCAGCACAAGUCCUUGCGAAUACGACCCGGCAUGCGAGCAGACUUCGGUAGUCGUGUGCCCGUUCCCAUAGUCUCUAUCGGCCUCGUGCGGGAGUUGCAUGUUUCAUAUUGUCGAAUUUUCGAACCCCAUGAAACCGUUCUGGCCAAGUGAAGGUUUUUUUGCUUGUCAUGGCUGAAAAUAAGAAAAU